CCCAGUUGAGUAAUUUUGGCAAGUAGAGUAAUCAAUCACCUGAGGGCUGAGGCUCCCAUAAAUUAUUAUUAUCAAAGACUCUUCUUCUGGUUUCACUGCCAUACACACAUUUGAGAUGGAGUGCCUGCCUUAACUCAACUUCCCUUCUCUCCCAAAUCUCAAACUAAUCAUCAAUAAUUACUUCCAUAAAACCCUAACCCUCCCCCAUCACUACACAAUAAUGGCAGUUUCAGAAGAAUCCUCCUCAUCCCGCCCAAACACAUCCAACUCUCACAGUAAUUCGCGAUCACCACCAAAGCACAACGCUGAUGCUUAUUAUUUGGCCAAAACAGUCCUCAGAGGCAGCGUCGUUCUUCAAGCUGUCUGCGGCCACUUUCGCUCCACCUCCUCCUACGACGUCGUGUUUGGCAAGGAGACAUCAGUAGAGUUAGUUAUAAUUGAUGAAGAUGGGAUUGUUCAAUCUAUUUGUGAACAACCUGUGUUCGGUACCAUAAAAGAUCUUGUAGUCCUUCCCUGGAAUGAGAAGCUUCAAGUGCAGAGUCCGAAGAUAACAGGGAAGGAUAUGUUGGUUGUCAUUUCUGAUUCAGGAAAGCUGUCGUUUCUCACUUUUUGCAAUGAAAUGCACAGGUUUUUCCCCUUAACCCAUGUUGAACUUUCUGCUCCUGGAAAUUCAAGGCAUCAACUUGGAAGGAUGCUGGCUGUUGAGUCCAGUGGCUGUUUUCUGGCUGCUAGUGCGUACGAGGACCAACUGGCUAUUUUCUCACUCUCACUGUCCUCUACUGGUGAUAUCAUUGAUAAGAGAAUUUUCUGUCCUCCUGAAAAAGAUGGGCGCUUGAAAACUGCAAGAGGUUCUACUAAUAUUUCUGGUACUAUAUGGAGUAUGUGCUUCAUCUCGGAAGAUUACCAUCAGGCUAGCAAGGUGCGCAAGCCUGUACUGGCCAUUCUUCUGAAUAGGCGGGGAUCUUUUUACCGGAAUGAGCUUCUGUUGUUGGAAUGGAAUAUUGAGGAAGAAGCUGUCAAUGUUAUAUAUCAAUUUGCAGAAGCUGGACCAUUAGCAUAUAAUAUAGUUGAAGUCCCUCAUUCUCAUGGAUUUGCCUUCUUGUUUAGGGCUGGUGAUAUUGUCCUAAUGGAUUUCAGGAACGUUCACAGCCCUUCGUGUGUCUAUAGGAGAAGUUUAAAUUUCACACCGUUGGAGGAACAAAGUUUUAAAAAUAUUAUUAGAAUACCAGAUAUUAUGGAUGAAGAUGGCAUUUCUAGCUUUGCUGCUUCUGCUCUGUUGGAGCUUGGCGACAUAAAUAAAAGUGAUGAUCCAAUGAAUAUUGAUGAUUAUAGUUGUAUACAACCUGGUUCCAAUUAUGUCUGCUCAUGGAGUUGGGAACCUGGUGUGACAAAUAGUCCUAGGAUAUUAUUUAGUGCUGAUUCUGGAGAUCUUUAUGUUAUUGAAGUCCUUUUUGAGUCUGAUGGUGUCAGGGUAAAUUUGUCUGAUUCUCUUUACAAAGGUCUACCUUCAAAUGCUCUGUUAUGGCUUGAUGGUGGGUUUGUUGCAGCUAUCGUUGACAUGGCUGAUGGAAUGGUCUUAAAAUUUGAAGAUGGGUUUCUACAAUACAGAAGUUCGAUUCAAAACAUAGCACCAAUCUUGGAUAUGUGCAUUGUUGAUUAUCCCGAUGAGAAACAUGAUCAAAUGUUUGCCUGCUCUGGUAUGGCAUCUGAGGGGUCCUUGCGGAUUAUUCGGAGUGGUAUCAGUGUGGAGAAAUUGUUAAAAACUGCUCCUAUUUAUCAAGGUGUAACUGGUACCUGGACAGUCAAAAUGAAAGUUUCUGAUCCCUAUCAUUCUUUUCUUGUACUAUCAUUUGUUGAAGAGACCAGGGUUCUGUCUGUCGGCGUCAGCUUUUCAGAUGUAACUGAAUCAGUUGGUUUUAAGCCUGAUGUCUGUACUUUGGCUUGUGGUAUUGUGGCUGAUGGUGCGAUGGUCCAAAUUCACCAAUGCGGAGUUAGGCUUUGUUUGCCUGUUAGAACUGUGCAUCCGGAAGGUAUUCCUCUGUCAUCUCCAAUAUGCACGUCGUGGUUCCCUGAUAAUAUGACUAUAAGUCUCGGAGCUGUUGGGCAAGGCAUGAUAGUGGUAGCGACAUCCAGUCCAUGCUUCUUGUUCAUCCUUGGUCUUAGAUCUUCAUCACAAUAUCAUUAUGAAGUAUAUCAAACGCACUGUGUUAAAUUGCAGAAUGAGUUGUCUUGUAUUUCCAUUCCGCAGAAGCACCUCGAGUUGAAUAGAAUUUUGAUGGACUAUGCAGCUGACAGCCCUAUGGCAGGUCUUCCAUAUGGAAAUCGUGUUGACAAUUUGUUUGUUAUUGGUACUCAUAAGCCUUCAGUAGAAGUUGUAUCCUUUACACAUGAUAAGGGACUACAAGUUCUUGCCAUAGGGGUCAUUUCGUUGACUAACACCAUGGGAACUACUAUUAGUGGAUGUGUUCCUCAAGAUGUAAGGCUUGUGUUAGUUGAUCGUCUAUAUGUUCUUUCAGGAUUGAGGAAUGGAAUGUUACUUAGGUUUGAGUGGCCUAGUGCCUCUACACUGUCCUCAACAGGGCCACCUGGUCAACACACUCUUGGCAGUUCUUGUACAGUCAACUUCCAUGUCUUGUCAAAUUCUAUGUCUUCAAACAAUAAAGACCGACCAAUGUUCAUGUCCAAUGCAUCUGGAAAGAGAGAAGGAGAGAUUCCAGUUAAUCUUCAGCUGAUUGCCGUACGCCGUAUUGGUAUUACACCUGUUUUCUUGGUUUCACUGAGUGAUUCCCCUGAUGCUGAUAUGAUUGCUCUCAGUGAUAGGCCUUGGUUAUUGCAGACUGCAAGACACAGCCUCUCUUAUACAUCCAUCUCCUUUCAACCUUCUACUCACGUCACUCCUGUGUGUUCAAGUGAAUGCCCCAGAGGAAUUCUAUUUGUUGCCGAGAAUAGUCUUCAUUUGGUGGAAAUGGUGCCAAGUAAGAGGCUUAAUGUACAAAAAUUUCAUCUUGGGGGCACUCCGAGGAAAGUGUUGUAUCAUAAUGAGAGUAGAUUGUUGCUUGUCAUGAGGACGGAAUUAGAUAAUGAUUCAUGUUCAUCUGAUGUUUGUUGUGUGGAUCCUCUAAGCGGCUCAGUGUUAUCAUCUUUCAAAUUUGAACCUGGGGAGACAGGGAAAUGCAUGGAGUUAGUAAAGGUUGGAAAUGAGCAUGUGUUGGUGAUUGGAACUAGCCUAUCUGCUGGGCCAGCAAUAAUGCCAAGUGGUGAAGCUGAAAGUACAAAAGGUCGGCUGGUGGUUCUCUGCAUUGAACACAUGCAAAAUUCAGACAGUGGUUCUGUAACCCAACGUAGUUCACCUAUUGGUGGCUAUGCUGCAGAACAGCUCUCUAGCAGUAGUCUCUGCAGCAGCCCAGAUGACAAUAGCUGUGAUGGAAUUAAACUUGAAGAAACUGAAGCAUGGCACUUGCGCUUAGCUUAUUCAACCAUCUGGCCUGGAAUGGUUGUUGCUGUCUGCACUUACCUUGAUCGAUAUUUCUUAGCUUCUGCUGGUAAUUCUUUUUAUGUAUGUGGUUUUCCAAAUGAUAACUCUCAAAGAGUGAGAAGAUUGGCUGUUGGAAGAACACGUUUUACUAUCAUGACUCUGACUGCGCACUUCACCAGGAUAGCUGUUGGUGAUUGCCGUGAUGGAAUUCUUUUCUAUUCAUACCAUGAGGACUCGAGAAAAUUAGAGCAGGUUUAUUGUGAUCCCGUCCAGAGGCUAGUUGCUGAUUGUGUUCUUAUGGAUGUUGAUACUGCAUUUGUUUCAGACCGUAAGGGAAGUGUUGUUGUCUUGUCAUGCGUGAAUCAUGUAGAAGAUAAUGCAAGUCCCGAACGCAAUUUAACUCUAUGUUGCUCGUAUUAUAUGGGCGAGAUUGCCAUGAGCAUGAGGAAGGGAUCAUUUUCAUACAAACUCCCAGCAGAUGACAUGUUGAAGGACUCUGAUGCUGCUGGUAAUAACAUUAACUCGUCAAGAAACUGUAUCAUGGCAUCUACGCUGUUAGGGAGUAUAAUAAUCUUCAUUCCAAUGACAAGGGAGGAAUAUGAGCUAUUAGAAGAUGUUCAGGCUAGGCUGGUGGUUGACCCACUUACUGCUCCUAUUUUGGGGAAUGAUCACAAUGAGUUUCGAAGCCGUGAAAGUCGGGUCGGAACACCUAAGAUACUCGAUGGUGACAUUUUGGCUCAAUUCUUGGAGCUUACAAGCAUGCAACAAGAGGCAGUAUUAGCAUUACCACUUGGCACACCAAACACUGCUAUGUUAAGCAUGAAGCCAUCUAUGCCUGCUAAGGUUAAUCAGGUUGUUCGACUGCUUGAACGAGUACAUUAUGCUCUGAAUUAAGUAUCCAUAGCCGUCCCUCCUCUCUCUGCUUCCAUGCCACAAUGAUCUUCUUGGGUUAUAAUCAUAAAUGGAGUGAUUGCAAGUUGAAUUACAGAAUUAUAUUUAAGCUGAUCCUGGGGACAAAGCACGUAAAAGAUUUUGGAAGCAACAACGUAAAAGAACCCUCCACCCUCCACUCUGGUUCUCUUUCUUCUCUCUGCACUACCUGGUUGAGGACUGGCGUCCAGUCGAAUGAACGAGAUGAACAAAUGAUUGCAUCAUUCUCCUUCACACUCUUGGUGGUGUAGGUGGUUGUAAUAUACCCCAAGUCAUGUACAAUUUUGUCAGAAUUAGCACACAGUAGUGUUUUAUUGGAUAUUUUAGUGUUCAUACGCCAGACUGUUUGGGGUGGGCUAUCAUGCCCAUUGGUUGUGUCAAAUGUUUGUCAUAAAGCUGUGCAUUAUAAUAUGGUUAUAUGAUGUGAACUGUAAAUAGGGUAAAGGGCGGGCCAGACAGUUUGUAUUUAAUUGUGACCGUACAGUUGUUGAACAUUAUCUCUUAAAUCUACCUUCUUACGGCAAAGGGAGUCUUGCUUGUAAAUAUGCUUCCAUUGGUGUUCUUAUUCUUUUGUAUGCACAUAAAUUGGAACAUUCUUGAUCUAA